AUUUUAUGGCGGACCCAGCACAUGUUAUAAAAAAUCUUCGGGCUCAGCUUCUGCGGGUAAGCUGUUUCUACUUGAGCAAUGAGACAGUGAACGAGCAGGGUCUUCCUGGCAACAAGGUCGACAUCAAACAUGUAGAGGAAGUACUCGAGCACGACUCCAAUAAUGACCUUAAGAUAGCAAACGGCCUGACUGCAGUCCACGUGAGCACUCGACAUUUUACCAAAAUGAAGGUCAGCAUUGCUGUACAGCUUUUUCGUGAAGCCCCUGCUGGAAUUCGCUACCUAAUCCUGAAAGGAAAGCUUCCAGCCGAGGCCGAAGCAACGGCUUGGUUUUUUGAGCUACUUUGGAGAUGGUAUAGCUUAAUGUCAUCACGUCAUCCUGUGCUUGCUCUGAGCAAGAUAGAUGUCACCAAGUAUAAAGAGGCGAUAGCAACGCUUCACCUUGCCCAGCAUACGCUGCGACAUGUGAAGAUGGGAACAGCACACUGGAAGCCGUCUCAGGCAGGCCUUCUGAUUUCAACAUCUGUUGUACUUGGCCUUGCAGAAGAAUUUCUACGCCACCAUGGGUACAUGUAUGUCCUGACCAGUCGAUUAAUCCAAGACUGCCUGGAAAACAUCUUCUCAAUCUUGCGGAUGAAAAAGCCCACCCCAAGUGCAUACGAUGUCAAAUUCGCUUUGAAGCUGGUUUGUGUAGGGCAGUUUCUACACACACCAAAGUCAACAAGCUACGACAUUGAUGGCAGCCUGCACCUCGCCGACCUUCUUGGUCCAACUCUACAAAAGCAGCUUGUGGAGUUUGGGGAUGAGGAGGAGCAUCUAGAGGACCUUGUUAUUGAGAAAGUUUCAUCAACUGAAUGCGACAUCCUCACCUACUUUGGAGGAUUUCUUCUCAGGGCUGUAACGAAGGCAACAGGGAAUUGUGAGCCAUGCAGGAGAGUAUUAGUUGGAGAAAAUGAAAGCUACAAUGCACUCAUCAACUUAAAGGAGUACGUAAAGGGGGGUCGCAACUUAAUCAGGCCCAGCAAUGAAGUGAUGACUGUCCUGGUUCACUUUGAGGAACAUUUCAAGGCAUUUGUCUCAGCUGAUGCCAUAGUGGACAUGAAGGCUCCGUUCAGAACCAUAUCAAGGUUCCUGGCUGAAAAUGUGGAGGUUAAUCUUGAAGGAGUGUGUUGUUCUCACAAAGAAACAGUUGCAAAGUUGCUUUUGGAGAAGUAUGUUAGCUCACGCUUGCGAAUGCAUUUUCGCCAACAAAUGGCUCGAUGUGUUGAGGCACAUUCCAGCAAGACAUGUGCUGGAGUAAACCUUUCAUGGUCAAGCAAAAUGUUCAAGAAAAAAACCUCCUUGUAG